GCAAUAGACCCUUUUGUUGUGGUUUUGAUUUUUAAAACUUCUGAAAUAUUGAAGCAUAACUCGAGUUGUUUUCAAAUUCUGAUAUUUGGAUUGAAUAUUUUGUAUGCUUUGUAUAAAAGCUGUCAAUAUCUUUUGUGUGACUAAGUAUGAGGACAGCUUUAUCAAAAAUUAUAUACUAUACUAAGAUACCAAAUUCCGUGUUUCCCUCGUUCUUUCCAUCUUCACGAGAUGUUGCUUUCGUCUACUGUCGCAAAUAUUUUUCAACAAAAAGAAUACUUUCUCCUUUACUGCGAGAUUCUAAAUCGCUUAAAUUAAGCAUGGAGAGAGAUAUUAUUCAGCAACGAUGGUGUCAUUUUAAAGCUGCAGUUUUGAAUGAGUUUGGAGAGAAAUUAGAAAUUUUGGAAAAGAAACGAUCUUCAAAAGUGAAGGAAACUGAGGUGCGUAUUAAAGUUCAUUGCUGUGCUGUAAAUGUUACAGAUACUUUAAUUUGUUCUGGACAAUAUGAUCAAGAACCGAAACUUCCAUUUAUUCCUGGAUAUGAAUUUUCUGGUGAAGUUUUAGAAAUCGGUUCAAAAGUCAAGAAUUUAUAUAUUGGUGACAAAGUCAUUGGUUUAAAUAAAAACACCUUUUCUGCAAUGGCAACUGAAUGUAUUUCUGAAGAAAGGGACUUAUGGAAGAUACCACAAGAUGUUGCUUUUGAUUCUGCUGCAGCUUUAGUGGACAGUUAUGCUACAGUAUUAAUAGCUGCUAGGAGAGCGAACUUACGUGAAGGAGAUACAGUUCUAGUAACUGUUGCUGCUGGUGGCUUAGGACUAGCUGCUGUGGAUCUUGCUGCAAACUUAUUUAAUGCAAAAGUUAUUGGUGCCUGUGAUACCGAAGACAAAACUAGUAUUUUACGUGAUAAGGGAGCUUUUUCCACAAUAAACUAUAGCAAAAAGGAUAUAGUCAAAUCUGUAAUGAAAGAAACUGAUAAUCAAGGAGUGAAAAUUGUUUUUGAUGCUGUUGGUGGGGAAACUUUUGAAGAUUGCUUGCAAAGCAUUUCACCUGAGGGCUGCAUUGCAGUUUUAGGAUUUUCCUCAAGAAAAAUUCCGCAGAUUCUGACAAGUCAGCUUUUGCCCAAGUCUUGUGCUCUUAUUGGAGUUUCAUUAACUCAUUAUCAAAAAAUGGUGAAUGAAACAUACAGAAGUACUGUCCAGGAAGUCAUAGAUAUGUAUUUAGAUGAAUUUAUAGAUCCUCAUGUAGCUGAACAGUUUAAAUUGAAAGAUGUCAAUGAUGCUAUCAAACAUGUAGAAGAAAGAAAAUCAGCUGGAAAAGUUAUAUUGGAUGUUUCAUAACACUGAGGAUAAUCUAUUUUAUGUUAUUUGUUAUUUAAAAUCUGCUAUUGGUUUUUGUCUUUGUAAAAUAAAUUUAUUAAUGCAUUGCUUGCUUUAAUUUAGAACUGCUAUUUAUAUAAAAAUGCGAUAAAUUUCAAUUUUAUCUCUAGGAAUUCAUUUUAUAUGUAAUUGUCCAAUGAAAAGAUUUUGCCUUGUGAAAUAAAUGGAGCAUAAUUUUG